AUGGCCUACCUGAAAGUAUCUGGCACCAAGAUCGUCGACCAGAACGGCGAGGAGAUCAUCCUGCGCGGCGCUGGCCUCGGAGGAUGGAUGAACAUGGAGAACUUCAUCAGUGGUUACCCUGGAUGUGAGUUCCAGAUCCGGGCGGCGCUCGUGGAUGUGGUGGGGAAGGACAAGAGCGAGCUCUUCUUUGACAAGUUCCUCGAGUACUUCUUCCAGGACGAAGAUGCUGCCUUCUUCAAGAGCCUUGGCCUGAACUGCAUUCGUCUCCCAUUCAACUACAGGCAUUUUGAAGAUGACAUGAACCCUCGUGUGCUUAAGCCUGAGGGAUUCAAGCAUCUCGACCGCGUCAUCGACCUCUGCGCCAAGCACGGUAUCUACACCAUCCUCGACCUCCACACCGCCCCCGGCGGCCAGAACACCGACUGGCACGCGGACGCUGGGACCCACAUCGCCAACUUCUGGAACCACAAAGACUUCCAGGACCGCGUCAUCUGGCUCUGGGAAGAGCUCGCGAAGCACUACGUCGGCAACACGUGGAUCGCGGGCUACAACCCGCUCAACGAGCCCACGGACCCGUACCACACCCGCGUUGUCGGCUUCUACGAUCGCGUCCUGACGACGAUCCGCACGAUCGACCCGCACCACGCCGUCUUCUUCGACGGGAACACGUUCGCGUCCGACUUCUCGCACUUUGGCGACGCCUACAAGGGCUGGGACAACGUCGCGUACUCGAUCCACGACUACUCCAUCUUCGGCUUCCCCUCGUCCCCGGAGGCGUACGUCAGCAGCGAGACGCAGCAGCACCGGCUCCGGCGCUCGUACGAGAAGAAGCGGCAGUGGAUGGACGAGCACGGGCUGUGCGUCUGGAACGGCGAGUGGGGGCCCGUGUACGCGCGCAAGGAGUACGAGGGCGAGGCGACCGAGGCGAUCAACGAGGAGCGCUUUAAGGUCCUCAAGGAUCAGCUCUCCAUCUACAACAAGGACCGCCUGAGCUGGUCGAUCUGGCUGUACAAGGACAUCGGCUUCCAGGGUAUGGUCUACGUCUCGCGCGAGACGCCGUACAUGACCCUCUUCCGCGACUUCCUCGCCAAGAAGCACCGGCUCGCGAUCGACGCCUGGGGCGCGGACGACUCCCACGUCCGGGACACGUACAAGCCCCUGCUCGACCUCAUCCAGCGCGAGGUCAAGCCCGAGCACCAGGCGCUCUACCCCGCGCCGGUGUGGAAGCUCACGGACCGGAUCGGCCGCCUCGCGCGCAACAUCCUCGUCUCCGAGUUCCUCGUCCGCGAGUGGGCGGAGCACUUUGCGGGCAAGAGCGAGGCCGAGAUCGACGCGAUCGCGAAGAGCUUCGCGUUCGAGAACUGCCUCCACCGCGAGGGCCUCAACAAGGUCCUCACCGACAACGCGUCCACGGUCGCGGGCAAUUAA